UCACUGACCUCAGAUUGUCGGGGUAUUUUUUUCUGAGAGAGACAGCGACUGACGGCGCCAUAUUGAAAGAGGAAAAUUGCUCCAUAAAACGUGUAAAACUUCAAAUUUGCCGCCAUGCUGUACCUGGAGGAUUACCUCGAGAUGAUCGAGCAGCUACCCAUGGAUCUCCGCGACAGGUUUACGGAAAUGAGGGAGAUGGACCUGCAGGUUCAGAAUGCCACAGAUCAGCUGGAGCAGAAAGUGAUCGAGUUCUUCGUCAACGCGAAGAAGAACAAACCUGAGUGGAGAGAAGAGCAGAUGGAGGUCAUUAAAAAGGAUUAUUACAAAGCUCUGGAAGAUGCAGAUGAGAAAGUCCAGCUGGCCAAUCAGAUUUAUGACCUGGUGGACCGUCACCUGCGGAAACUGGACCAGGAACUGGCCAAGUUUAAGAUGGAGCUGGAGGCCGACAACGCCGGCAUCACAGAGAUCCUGGAGAGACGAUCUUUAGAGAUGGACAGUCCGUCUCAGCCCGUCAACAACCAUCACGUCCACUCUCACACCACAGCUGAGAAGAGGAAGUACAACGCUCCGACUCACCACACUACAGAACAUGUUCCAGAGAAGAAGUUUAAAUCUGAAGCUCUGCUGUCCACGCUCACAUCGGACGCCUCCAAGGAGAACACACCAGGCUGCCGUACCAACAGCACUUCCUCGUCUACCAACAACGUGUACAGUGUGAACUCCUCUCAGCCUCUGGCCUCCUACAACCUGAGCUCUCUACCUGCGGGACCCGGGGCCGGAGCCGGGGCCAUCACCAUGGCAGCUGCUCAGGCUGUACAGGCCACAGCACAGAUGAAGGAGGGCAGGAGGACGUCCAGUCUGAAGGCGAGUUACGAGGCCAUCAAGAACAAUGACUUCCAGCUGGGCAGAGAGUUCUCUCUGUCCCGGGACAACACUGGAUACUCCUCCUCUGCUCUGGCCUCCACCCUCACUCAGACCUUCACCCCCACCACUGCCUCCGACUCCAGGGGGCGCAAGUCCAAGAGCAGCAUCAAGUCUUCCAACCAUCAGUCAUCUUCUUCGUCCUCCUCUUCCUCACUGUCAUCAUGCUCCUCAUCAUCAGCGUUGGCUCAGGAGCUUUCCCAGCAGGCCUCAGCGCUACCUGAGGCUGAGGCCAACAGCCAGGUGGACUGGACCUACGACCCCAACGAGCCCCGAUACUGCAUCUGUAACCAGGUUUCUUAUGGAGAGAUGGUCGGCUGUGAUAAUACAGAUUGUCCAAUCGAGUGGUUCCACUACGGCUGCGUCGGGCUGACGGAGGCUCCGAAGGGGAAGUGGUACUGUCCUCAGUGUACGGCCGCCAUGAAGAGAAGAGGCAGCCGCCACAAAUAGACUCAUCACUGUGCGUCCGCCAUGUUGGAUUUUAACCUCCAGAUCGUCCUCGUAAAACACAUCAACCAACACACUGCAGAAAGACAGAGGUCAAUGGGCUGCUCACACACUCAGCAGCUGACAGAUUAAAAACUUAGUGCCAACAGAAAUGGAUCAAAGCCACAGGAAGAAAAAUCUUCUGAGUUCUGAGAUUAAAAUCAAAAAUCAUCCCUCAAAACACAUGAAGCCUGAAAAACUACAGUCAUUGACCCGUCUUUAUUCUCAGAAUUAAGAUUUAAAUCUCAACAUUUAGACUUAAAAUCUGUCUUUAUUAAGUCUAACUUUAUUCAUCCUGAUUUAUUUGAUCAAUUAAAGUCAGAAGUCUGAAAAUGUAAAUUCUAUGUUUCAGUGUUGAGGUUAAUCUCAUGACUCGGAUGUUUUUGUUUCAUCGUUAGUUCAUCGACAGUCUGAAGCUUCGCUCAGAUCGACACUAAAAACUCAAACUCUGAAAAUAUCAACAAACUCGACCUCGUGUUGAACCUGAUGAAAACAAGUGAAACCUGCAGUUUCCAUGUGAUUUACAGUCGGAGUUGACUUGAAUUUAAAAUCUGAUGAUGACGAUGACGACGACGAUGACAGACACGUUCUGAUCUUCACCUGACGAACGAAGAAGAAACUUGAACUAAAACAGAAUCUGAUGUUCUGUGCAGGAUUACGUUUUUUUAAUGGGACAGUUGAAGUUUGUCCGUUAUGUCAGCUGACUGAUGUAGACCACACACACAGCUCACCUGGUCAGGAGAGAGGUCAGAGGUCAACCUGUCAGGGUCAGGUCAUGGAUUUAAAAAUAGUCUGACUGGAGGAGGAGGAGACUUUAGUCUGCUAUGAAAAGCAGAUCAGCUCUGAGGUUCACCUGUGGAACAUCUGGAAAAGUCACAUCAUCAGAGUUAAUGAAGAAUUAUAUCUUAAUCUCAUAAUUUAACUUUUUUAACGUUAAGUUUUUUGUUUGUUGAACAAAAAUCUUCAUUUUUUUUCACUGAUUUCUUAUUUAAAUGUCAAGAUUAAUAAUGGAUUAUUUACAUUUUUUCUCAUCCUUUUUGAUCAUAUUUAGUCAUUAAAAUAAUAACACAAGUCAGGCUUUUGUUAUUCUGACUAAAAUAAGUCUGACUUUAUUUAAACUAAUUUUGACUUUUUUCUGACUGAUAUCUCAGAUUUUGAUAAUCCCAAUUUUAUUUGAUAAUCCUGACUUUAUUUUAUCAGAUUUUUUCACUGAUCUGAAAACACAAAUCCAGACUUUAAAGUAAUAAACUUUAAAUCAGAGUUUAUAAAGUCUGGAUCUAGUCUUGAUUUAGACUUUUACUGUGAAAGUCUGACUAGUUUCUCUUGAUGAGGACGUUCUGAAAUUCUGACUUAAAAACACACAUUUCUUUUUUCUCUCAGUCUUUAAAGUCCAGAUUUUCUCUUUAAUCUUGGAGCUGAUUUUUUUUUUUUUCAUGUGGCUCUGCUCCUCUUCCCAAAAACAAGAACUACAAAUGAACGAACUUCUGGACUACAACUACAGAAGCCCGACUGAGACUUUUAACAAGAUAAAAACUGAAGCAGAGAAACAGCUGAUCUCUGACCUCUGUCAGCAAGUUUCCAGAAUGUACAGAACAAAGCUGAAACCUGUGUGUGUGUGUGCGUGCGUGCGUGUGUGUGUGUGCGUGUCUGCGUGUGCGUGUCUGUGUGUUUCUGCGUGUGCGUGUUUCUGCGUGUGCGUGUUUCUGCGUGUGCGUGUUUCUGCGUGUGCGUGUUUCUGUGUGUGGGUGUGUGUGUUUCUGCAUGUGUGUCGGCGUGUGUGUGUCUGUGUCUGCGCUGAUGGUGUGUUUGUUUCCAGGGAUGUUUAAAAAAAAAAAAAAAAAAAGGCCCAAUAAAGCUCCAGAUGUUUUGGUAA